UCCUUUCAACACACCCACUCGCCCAUAUUCCGGUUUCCAUAUUGAGCUGUAGCUAACUCCUUCUCAAACGAUUUGGUUGAAAAAUCUUACUAACGCUACCCACUAGAGAGCAGAAUACUGUGUUCAUAGCUGAAAUGCUGUUCGAUUUAAGUGCCAGUGCGACGUUCUACGUCACGUCAUCGUACCGGAUGUUGAUACAGAAUCCGCAGGAACAGCUGGGAGAGAACAACAAAGCGACAACGAACCCAACAGACUUUGGGGAAUAAAAUUAUUCACGUGGAAAAGGACGGCUUAGCUACCAAUAGCUAAAACCCAACUAGUCGAAAAGUCUUUAAACGAGAGCAGCGUUUAACCUUCCGUUUGGUCCUGCAGGUGAGUGUGUACUGAACCAUGGGGCGGAUCUUCCUGGACCACAUCGGGGGCACACGCCUCUUCUCCUGCGCCAACUGUGACACUAUCUUGACAAACCGCUCAGAACUCAUCUCCACCCGCUUCACCGGAGCCACCGGCAGAGCCUUCCUCUUCAACAAGGUGGUGAACCUGCAGUACAGCGAGGUGCAGGACCGAGUGAUGCUGACGGGCAGACACAUGGUGCGAGAUGUCAGCUGUAAGAACUGUAACAGCAAGCUGGGCUGGAUCUAUGAGUUUGCCACCGAGGACAGCCAGCGCUACAAGGAGGGCCGCGUCAUCCUGGAGAGAGCACUCGUCAGGGAGAGCGAGGGCUUCGAAGAACAUGUCCCCUCUGACAAUUCCUGAGCUGAUGCUCAAAAUACUCACUCAUCCCUACGCCCCUGCCCUAACCCUCCAUAGCCCCAAGCUCAUUAUUCCAGACACUGGUCAAUAGUCUAGGCUCCACCCACAGCUUUGACCUAGCUAGGACUUUUUGACCUCUCCUGAUUGGCUGGAUCUCUUGAUGCGUUGUUGGCCUCUCCUAAACCCCAGCUCUCUUUCAAAGACCACCUUCUGUCACCUAGAGACAUCGACAGGCCCGCUUUCACAUAGCUAUGGACUCCAUGCACACGUGCAAACACAGGAUUUUGAAGGCAACUACACACACUGCAAGGCACACAGACUCAUAUUUACAUACUUGACAUGCUCACAUGCAUGAUUAGUAGAUUUAUUCACUGACUGGAUAUUUUGUCAACGUUACAGCUGCAGUCACUAUAACUCCCUCCCAGUGUUGUGUGUACUGUGUAUCCUUAUCCUCUAUCUGGCUGCUGUGCCUGUGCAUGUAUUGUGAGGACCUUCUUGUUGUCAUGCACAUCCCCACAAGUCCCUCCUUCUGUGUGUGAGGAGUGCGAGCAGCCUAUUGCCUCUUAGUAAGUGAGGAGCUGAGCAGGGUAGUAUCAUGCCCAAAGACUGGUGGCCUGCUGGGCUGGCCUUCAUAUGAACUGUUGCUGUUCCUCCCAAUUUCUGACAAUUCCCAGCCAGUUGGAAUGAAGGGAUCUGUGUUCUCUGUCAUGCUGUUCUUUGUUUCCAAUCCCUGCCCAGGUUAAUGUACAAUAGAUAGAAGAAAAAGAAACACACCUAUUAAGACGAGGUGCUGGCUAGCGGAGUAGAAACUUGAAAAUAAAAGAGCCGCACACUAGGAGCUCAGAUGCAAAAAUUUAAUACCAACGUUUCGACAGCUAUUUUCAAUAGAUAGAAAUAACACAUGAUAAUCAGAAAUUAUUAUAAUUGUAUUAAUGGUUAGUAUCAUUAUUGUAUUUUUAUUCUCAGAUGAGUCAUUGUUUUAACUGGUUUGCUUUUCAAAUCAGUUUAUUAGUCGAGUACACAGAUGUGCAGGUGUUAAAGCACCUCCAACAGUACAGUAGAAUGUCACGUGAAUACAAUACAAAUAUAUAUUUUUUAAUUAACCAAGAAAUUACAGAAUGAGUAUAAAAAAAUAUUACUUUUAUUAUGAUUUUGUUUUUCUUUAUGUAUUUUUUCUUGAUAUGAGGUAUAAAAAAAGAGUAAGAUUGUCUCUUUUUCCAGUUAUCCUGCUUGGGCAAUUUUUCGUCUGUAGUGAUGAUUUCUGAAUAAAGUGUGUAUUCUUGCUAAAAGUAAAGUUUCCAAAUGUUGUUUGGUACAGUUUUAGCUUUAGAGCACUAGAUGGCACCAGAACUGAUUACAUACUAAAAAUACAAUGCGUGUUUUGAUGUGACUAUGGUUAUCCUAUAGACCAGUGGAUUCCAAACUGUAAUAGUAGAAUGCACAACAUGCAAUUUCGAAAUUGGGUAGUGCAUCAUCAGUUCCUAUUGUCAUGUUAGUCAUUGCAUACCGUAGAGAGCUAUUUAUAACCUGUCAGAAAUGUCCAGAUCAACUAGCCUAUGUCAGCUAAGGUUUUUUAAUUUUGUUUUUUUAGCCCAGAGAUAUUGUUGUACUAUUUUGUCACUCAAAUGUCACAUGAAAACACAUUAGACAUGGCCAAAUGUAUAGAAUUUAAAGAAAAUUUGCUUUAGUUAAACUGAAAAAUGUUCUUUGCACCCCAUGACAAUAUGUGUAGAAUUGCAGGAAAUAAGCUUUAAACCUGCACAAUUCUCUCUGCAAACAAGAGGGGUGACAUUUUGUGUCACGAACAGUGCUUGUGCCCGUAGAAAUAGAUGUGGUGCAGGGGGUGCGCAGGAGUUUCCCCAAUGCUGGAAGGGGGGCCCCAAGUAAGAAGGUUUGUGAACCCAGUGGAAGCGUUUAGACAGUGGAAGUGUUUGACAUUGCAGCUGGGUCGGGACUGAGUGAUCUACAAAUCGCCUUGCAUUAUAAAUAACCUCAAUAGUAUUUGGAGAUCAGUGAGUCAGUCACAAUUUACCCAAGAUGCAUCAGGGUUUCGAUGCUCUAAUACGGCCAAUGUCUUUUUAAUCGUUUUUUUAAUAGAAUGAGGGCUAGAUUCAAUCACAUCUGCCUUAACCUGCAAUAACCGAAAACAGAAUAGCAGAUUGAUUGUUUUUAUUAAAGUGAUGUUUGGAGGUGUAACUGCAUUGGGGUUGUCAAAUCAGCAAGUGUAUACAUAUUGCGGACAUUGUCAUUGGAUGUGCCGAGUUGCAUUAGUAAUAAUCCCAUGCAGCCUUGUUACAGGUUCGAACACAGGAAUGUGUUGUAAUCUAUUAGAUCCUUUUAUUUCGUAGAAUGAUUUUCAAUUUGAAUGUCAUUACUUCUAUAUAGCCUAUAUUUCACGUUCUGAAUUUUGAGUUCAGCCUAGUAUGGUUCUCAAUCAGAGGCAGAUGUCGUUAGUUGUCUCUGAUUGAGAAUCAUACAUAGGUAGCCUGGGUUUGACUUUUGAGUUGUGGGUGUUUGUUUCCGUGUGAGUGU